AUGCACUACCCAGUAGAAUGUCUUUUGAUCAUGCUGAAUGGUAAAUAUUUCGAACCUCUCAAAUGGAAUAAAUUCUUUUUAUUCAUAAGAAGCAAGCUGAUAACAUUCAUCCAGUCACCUGUGGAUACUUACAUCGAUUUUGGAAGUUAUAAUCUCUCCGGACCAACCAUCGAAAUACCAACAGAACAUUUGCAAAUAUUUCAAACUGAUUUCCAACCAAUUAAAACAGUGCUGACUUCCCCCCUAUCGCCGGAAAUGCAACAGGCGCGAUAUUCCAAGAUAUUAGAAGAAUCUGCCUCCAAAGCUGCCAGCAAAAUGCCCCAAUUUUUGCUCAAGAGCAAAUCUCACGGUGGAUUUUCUGUGCUUGUGGUGUUUAAGGAUGAAAAUAUGGCUAGAAGCAUUCAUAGCCUUCGUGAUAGUCUGGAGAAGAAGAGAAGAGCAGGUCCUAAGAUGUCGACUCCAAAGAAAACAUCCUUGAAGAUUCCAAGGAUACGCACAUCCGAAACUAAGUUUAGUGUUUGCAAGUCCCGACAUGACACUACUAGUACACCCAAGAGCGAAAGAAGCCGAUCUCUGCUAGGAAGUAGUUCAUUGUUAGAAAAGAUCCGUUCUAGGUCACGAAGCAAAACUCCUAGUGGUUCCAACAGAAGAAGGAGUAGAUCUUUCUUCGGUAGGAAAUCAUCACAGGCUCCAAUCCGCUCUGGUGAAGUGUUUCAAGUUGGUCUUAAGGACCAGAUUAUCAGCCCAGACUUCAAACAUGUUCCCCUGUUUCUUCAUCUCACCAUCACGGCGCUGGAAUCACACGGACUGCAUCAUGAAGGUCUAUAUCGAAAAUGUGGAAGCGAAAGAAUGAUCAACGAAUUAGUCCUCGUUGCAGAUUCUGGAAAGAUAAAUCCCGAAAGAGUGCUCAAAUUGGAAUGUUGGGAACACCCGCAUGUUAUAGCUGCGGCAAUCAAACGAUUUUUCCGCUACCUUCCAGAAUCUCUGCUCUAUCCAGAGGAGUGGAAGCCAAUUGUUGAUAUUGUUCCAAGUGAGGAUAUUCCGUUGACUGAGAAGAGCUACCAAGCGGUACUUGAGGCCGUUAGAAUUAACUUGCAAGAAAUGAAAUCCAGAGCCCGGGAGCAAAUCACAAAGACAAAAGAAGUCCCACGACCCUUGGGACUGAAGUAUAUUCAACCCACAUUCCAACGUCUUCGAAGGAGUUUGAGUGGAGAAUCCAUUGCAGAUAUAGAGAAGACACCAUCCUACAACAGCCGCAGAUAUUCAACAUUAAUAUUUCUUUUAAAUCACCUUCGCAGACUUAUUGAUAAUCAGGAAACGAAUAAAUGUUCUGCAUAUUGUGUUGCCACCAGUAUUGGACCAUCUCUUAUAGAUUUCGAAAUCGAGGAUACCAAGAAAUUCAAUCGAGUCUUUGAAAUUAUCCUGGGAAAUUGGAGAAUGCUUUCAGCAGAACAUUCAGAGCAGUUAGCUUUAGAGGAAGAAUGCCCUUUGAUGACAAGCAAGUUGAGCUUUGAGGAUUCCGCGUGUUCUGUGGAUCAAAGACUUGUAGAUAUGCGCUCAAAGCUAAGAGGAAUCUUUAUUGGGGCCCAGGAGAUUUAUGGUUAG